UGCGGCUUGGCGGGAAAAAGGGUCAGAUUUUCGCGCCAAGUAGAGUUGGAGGAGCGAGCUGGGUUGCUUCUUUAUGCGCGGAAGCAAAAGCAGCGGAGGAAGGAACUGGGCUCGAUCCAGAGAUGGCAGCGCCCGCGCCAGCUACCCUGGAUGAUGCGGAAUUGCGAGAAGCUCAGCGAGACUACUUGGAUUUUUUGGAUGAUGAGGAAGAUCAGGGAAUUUACCAGAGUAAAGUCCGGGACAUGAUUAGUGACAACGGGUACCGUCUGAUUGUGAAUAUCAAUGACCUCAGAAGAAAGAAUGAAAAAAGAGCCAGCCGUUUGCUAAACAGUGCCUUUGAGGAGUUGGUGGCUUUCCAGCGUGCCCUGAAAGACUUUGUUGCUUCUGUGGAUGCUACAUAUUCAAAGCAGUAUGAAGAUUUUUAUAUUGGGUUAGAGGGCAGCUUUGGAUCUAAACACGUGACACCUCGGACGUUGACAUCCCAGUUUCUCAGCUGUAUUGUCUGUGUGGAGGGUAUUGUUACAAAAUGCUCUUUGGUGCGCCCAAAGGUCGUUCGAAGUGUGCAUUACUGCCCUGCCACCAAGAAAACCACUGAGCGGCGAUACACAGAUUUGACUUCCCUGGAAGCUUUCCCAUCCUCUGCUGUGUACCCCACCAAGGAUGAAGAGAACAAUCCUCUUGAGACAGAAUUUGGCCUGUCAACCUACAAAGAUCACCAAACCAUCACAAUCCAGGAGAUGCCAGAGAAAGCACCAGCUGGACAACUUCCUCGCUCUGUAGACAUCAUUUUAGAUGAUGACUUGGUGGACAGAGUAAAGCCAGGCGACCGAGUACAGAUCAUUGGGACUUUCCGUUGUCUGCCAAGCAAGAGGGGUGGCUACACUUCAGGGACGUUUCGGACCAUCCUGAUUGCUUGCCAAGUAAAGCAAAUGAGCAAGGAGGUUCAGCCUGAAUAUUCAUCUAGAGAUGUUAGCAAGAUUAAAAAAUUUAGCAAACACCACUCAAAGGAUGUUUUUGAGCAGCUUUCAAGAUCUCUGGCUCCGAGCAUCCACGGGCACGAGUACGUCAAGAAGGCAAUUCUGUGUAUGCUCUUGGGAGGAGUGGAAAAGGUGUUGGAGAAUGGAAGCCGACUCAGAGGGGACAUUAAUAUCCUACUGAUCGGUGACCCUUCUGUUGCGAAAUCUCAGUUGCUACGUUAUGUGUUGUGUACAGCUCCUCGGGCCAUUCCCACUACUGGCAGGGGUUCUUCUGGAGUAGGUUUGACUGCUGCAGUCACAACAGAUCAGGAAACUGGAGAACGUUGCUUGGAAGCCGGUGCCAUGGUCUUGGCUGACCGUGGAGUAGUGUGCAUUGAUGAAUUUGAUAAGAUGUCUGAUAUUGAUCGUACUGCUAUCCAUGAAGUGAUGGAGCAAGGCCGUGUCACUAUUGCCAAAGCAGGCAUUCAGGCCCAGCUCAAUGCCCGUUGUAGUGUUCUAGCAGCUGCGAAUCCGGUCUAUGGAAGGUAUGACCAAUACAAAACUCCCAUGGAGAAUAUUGGCCUCCAGGAUUCUUUGCUGUCCCGAUUUGAUUUGCUCUUCAUUGUUUUGGAUCAAAUGGAUCCAGAACAAGAUCGGGAAAUCUCAGAUCAUGUCUUGCGAAUGCAUCGUUACAGAGCAGCUGGUGAACAGGAUGGAGAUGCCAUGCCUUUAGGUAGUACAGUUGAAUUACUAGCAACUGAGGACCCUUCCUUUACCGAGCAGGAGGAUCAGGAGCUGCAAGUGUAUGAAAGACACGAUGACCUGCUGCAUGGACCUAAGAGGCGGAAAGAGAAGAUUGUAAGCAUGGAGUUCAUGAGGAAGUACAUUCAUUUUGCCAAGAUGCUGAAGCCAGUCUUGACUGAGGAAGCAGCAGCCCUCAUAGCCCAGGAAUAUUCUUCUCUUCGCAGUCAGGAUCAGAUCAGCCCUGACAAUGCCAGGACUUCCCCUAUCACAGCCCGAGCUCUAGAGACAUUGAUCCGGCUCUCAACUGCACAUGCUAAAGCCAGGAUGAGUAAAAUAAUUGAGAAGCAGGAUGCCAAUGCUGCUGUAGAGCUGGUGCAAUUUGCUUAUUUCAAAAAGGUUCUGGAAAAAGAAAAGAAGCGGAAAAAGCAGGCUGAAGAUGAUCCAGAAGAAGAAACAGAUGGCGAAAUGUCCCAAGAAAGUGAAAAAAGACAGAAAAAGAGAAGGAAGACACAUUCCAGCGACCAGUCACUCACAGAAGGAGAAACGUAUGAUCCUUAUGACUUCAGUGACACAGAAGCAGAAAUGCCUGAAUUUCAGGCACACACGCCCAAGGUUCCUGAAGCUUCAGGCACCGAUGAGGUUGCCUCAAAGUUGUCUGAGUCCAGGCUUAAAGCAUUCAAGGCAGCCCUCCUGGAGGUAUUCAGAGUUGCUCAUGCACAGUCGGUGAGUCUGAAGAGCCUGCUGGAGUCCAUCAACCAGAACAACCCAACUCCUUUUUCAUCAGCUGAAGUCAAAGCAGCACUGGAACAGAUGCAAGAAGACAACCAGAUCAUGAUGUCCGACGACAUAAUUUUUCUGAUCUAGAGUAACUCGUGGGGAGGAGAAGACGAUGAAGUUUCUUUGGCUGCUUGGUGUGGAUAGAACCUCUUUCCAGCAACAUCAGUGGAAUUUGUCCAUAAAUCUUGGCUUGGCUUCAGAGAAAUCUGAAUUCAGUUUGGAGCAAUCUAUGUGGGGGGGGCG